AUGCUUCUUAUUCCAAAAAGACUGGCCCGCUUAGGACUUCUCGUGCUCCUGCUACUUGUCAUAGUACUGGAAGCCACCAGCGGAGGCGUGCCCACGGAUAAAGAAUCCUUCGUUUACAAGAUCCGAAAUCCCGGGCUGGUCAAAUUAUUCUCCCACUCUCAAACAACCUCAUGGACUUGGAACGAGAUCUCGCAGGCCCUCGUUUUUCGCUCUCCUGUUUAUGACCAUUCUGCCCCAACAACUUACGUUCGCAAAGACUCGCACAAGUUCUACAAAAGCCUGUACAAGAAGAAAAUCCCGUCUGAGCCACAGGAAAUGAUUUUGACAACCAAAGAGGGUCUCGAGCCCUACCUGAGGGCGAACGGAACGUUUAUGUCUAUUGUGGAGGAAGGGGAUAUGGAAAAGCUUCUGAACACAGUCCACCAAAUCGAAGAAACCUGGAACCACAAUUACCAUUACCCUUACGUUUUUUUGAGCUCCCAGAACAUCUCAGCAGAGUUUCAGCACAGAUUGAGAGAAGAAUGUUCCGGCGACGUUAUCUUUGAAGAAAUACCUCAGUCCGUCUGGUCUGUUCCCAGUACAGUGGACGCUCUCCGAAUGAAAGAAAGCAUGAAGAAGCUGGCUGCAGAAGGAGUCCAGAUUACGAGCGAUAUAGUAUACCGUAACAGAAUGCGGUUCAAGGCUGGCUAUUUCUUCAAUACAGGAAUCAUGACACAUUACAAGUACUACUGGAACCUGGAAGCCGGUAGCGGCUACUUCUGCAAUAUCGACUACGACAUAUUUAAGUUCUUGGAGCAGAACAACUUGUUGCACGGUUUCGCUAUCUCCCUGUACGGCAAUCCUCACGCCGUGGAGUCUCUUUGGCCAAGAACACUGGAAUUUGUCCGACAACAUCCCGCCUAUGUGGACAACAACGCCUCCUUCACUUGGCUCACCGAGUCGUUGCAAAAUCCCGAACACACAAAAAUAGCUAAUGGCUACUCAACAUGCCACUUCUCUUCUGCCUUUGAAAUAGGCGACAUGGAUUUCUACAGGUCCAAGAUGUAUACCGAUUUUUUCAGACAUCUGGAAGACUCGGGGGGCUUUUACUACGAGGCGUGGGGAGACGCUUCUGUCAGAAGCAUUGCUCUGGCUCUUUUCGGCGACAAAAAUAAAAUCUGGUGGUUUAGAGACAUGGGAGUCUCGCAAGAUCCGUACCACAACCGACCAUUGAGCGAUAAGUGUUCCAACACCAAAGACCCUGCAGGGUACUUUGGCGCAAGCGAGGUCAGUUAUGAGAAUUGCCUGCCAAACUGGAUCAGGUACGAACUGCCCGAGAAAAACAGACAGGCAUAUACGAUUCAAAAUUAA